AUUCGCAUAUCGCCGCCGUCUCUACUAUACUUACUAUUUAGUUUUAUUCUGCAUUAGUACGUCAACGCUAUAGCACUAUUAUUAUACCUACCCACGUUAAUUCAGCGACAGUUCGUAUUUUUACUAUUCAUUUAAAUAAUAUAGAUUUUUCAUAAAACCAACCAAAAUGGAAUUUAAAUUUGAUAUAAAAGAUUUAGCUGAAGGAGGAAUUGUGAAAAUUGAUCAUUCUUUGACACCAUUUGGCUUCGAAGACGAUGAAAACUUACAAAAAAAAGUUGCAAUGAUUAUUGACGAAAUGGGUAAGGCAUCUGCCAGAGCACAGGAUUUAAAAAUGCCUAUAACAACAGCAGAAAAAUUAUCAAAAUCUGAUCAUAUAAUUUAUUUAUUGUCAGAACAAACGAAUGAAGAAACAUUUGUUAUUGUUGGAAUUUUGAAAAUGGGAUGGAAAAAAUUAUAUCUUUUUGACAAAAAAGGUUCUCGCUCUGAAGCCAUGGUGUAUUGUUUACUUGACUUUUACAUUCAUGAAACUAGACAACGUCAAGGAUAUGGAAAUAAACUAUUUGAACACAUGUUAAAGGAUAAUGAGUUAGAAGCAAAACAAUUAGCUAUAGAUAAACCUUCGAAAAAAAUGUUACAAUUUAUGCAAAAACAUUAUUCACUUAAAAAGUUAGUAGAUCAAGGAAACAAUUUCGUAAUAUUUGAAGAAUUUUUUGAUACUCCAGGAUUAACACAACUAAAAGAUAAAUAUGAUAGUACAAAUGGAUACAGAAACAAACCUACAUAUGGGCGCCAUGCUGCAAAUAAACACAAUGACUCCAUGUCUGAUAUAUUACAUGGGGCUGGUAGUGCAACUAGAUUGAAUGACAAAUACGUUGCUAAUGCUGAUAUCAUCAAUAAUAAAUUCAAGGACAACAAACCAAAUCUUGUCACGGUUCUUCCUUCAGAAAAAGAUGUAAAUGACACAAUUAAUGGAAAAAAAGGUGCUCCGCCAAAAUUGGAUCUCAAAUUUUAUCAUUCCCAUUUGUGGUAAAAAGCUUUUAUAAAUAUCAGAUAUUAUAUCAAUAAUUGCAUUUUUAACAGUCUUAUUAGACUUAUUAUCUUUAAAAUAAGGAGCUUUUUAAACUUUUUAUACAAUUAUUUAUUUCAUUAAAAUGUAAAUUAAUUAAUAAAAAAAAAAUACAAUAUAUAAUAGGUACACACCAUACUCUAAUUAACAGUAUUGAUAGAUAAUUAAAAUGUAGGUAUCACAUUAUUUACAUGCUAGUACCUACCCAAUUAACUUAACAUUUUCAUUUUAUGUUAUGUAUAUUUCUACAGUUAGUUUAAUGUCUUAAUUAUGCAAUUAUAAUUUUUAGUUUUUUCCUUAAAAAUAUUAUAUAGUUCUCUAUUAACUAAGAUGUUUUAGUUUUAUUAUAUAGAUGUUAGAUAUAUAUAUCUGUGAUUUAAUUUUCAUUAAUUUGUUUUCAUGUUACCUAUUGUUGUCCAAGAUAUGUUAAAUUAUAAUUAUUUUAAUUUUAACACUUGUAAAGUAGGAUACCUCAUAUACUUAUGUUUUAUGUAAUAUAUUGUAUCUUAUAA